CCUAGGAGGCCCUUCUGGCCCUGGGGGACCAAGCUCAAGCAUGCUUUGCUUUCCAAUCCUAAAAAUAUUCCCAUGUUCUCUUUAUAAAGUUCGAAUAAAAAAGAGAGAAAAGUUGAGCUGUACAUAUGAAUAUCCCAAUCAUAUUCCCACAAAAAUGGGAUAAGAAGAGAGCCAUACAUUUGGAUAAGCUUGCCUCGUCUGCGUAAAUGUCAAGCGCGUUACGAAACCAUAAAACAAAACGUUUAUAUUGAAGCUCAAGCUCAUAACCGCUCCAAAUGAUUAGACGACGCCGGAAUCGGAGCCCGAGCCGGAGAUGGUUUGGCAAACACGAUUGAGAACUGGUUCGAUUGUUACAGCAGUAGUUGCUUUCAGACAUGUUUCAGUAAAAUGGGGAUUUCAUGGCUCACCCUUUUCUGCUAUCGAUGGUUUUCCCAGAAAUUGGCUUAAUUCUGCCUCAGAGAAGCUAGCGAAAGUUAAUGAUGUUAGAUUGGGAUUUCCCUCUUCGCAUAAAGAGAAUCCAAUUUUGAGAGUGGAUGCUUCAAUAAGUUCGUUAGGACUUGUUCAGGAAGAUAGAAGUGUUCAAGUACAGAAUGUGCCCAAAAGUGGUGGCAGGCAAAACUCGUUUGAUGAGAUGAAACAAAGGUUUCUGAAUUUCAAGCAGUAUAAAUAUUUAAAGGAAGCUGAGCAUUUUAAAAAUCUUGCUGAAUUGCAAUCUCCAAAGUUUAUGGUGAUUGCUUGUGUAGACUCUAGGGUUUGUCCAUCUAACAUUCUUGGAUUUCAACCUGGAGAAGCUUUUACGGUUAGAAAUGUUGCAAAUAUUGUGCCUCCACUUGAGAAUGGACCAACAGAAACAAAUGCUGCACUUGAGUUUGCUGUAAAUACUCUUGAAGUUGAAAAUAUAUUUGUCAUUGGCCACAGCAACUGUGCAGGAAUUCAAGCUCUCAUGAGUACUCAAGAUGAAAAGAACUCAAGCUUUAUUGAGAAAUGGGUUGCCACUGCCGAUAUUGCCAAGUUAAGAACAGAAGCUGAUGCUAGUGGCCUUAGCUUUGAUCAACAAUGCAAAUACUGUGAGAAGGAAUCUAUCAACCGUUCAUUGCUUAACUUGUUAACAUAUCCCUGGAUUGAAGUCAGGGUGAGGAAAGAGAUGCUAUUUGUUCAUGGAGGAUACUAUGAUUUCUUGAAUUGUACAUUUGAGAAAUGGACCCUCGAUUUCAUAGAAGGCAACAGAUUCUCAGCAAAAGACACAGAGUUCUGGUGCUGAGUUUGUUUGCAUUCCACAAAAUAUGUUCUGCUAUUGCAAAGAUCAUAUUGAUUUUAUCAUUUUUAACUGCUAAUGUUCCUUUUUAGACAGUAAAUGUAGAUUUUUAAUGAUAAAGGUCUUGUGUGUAUAUCAACAAUUAUCAAUUACGACUUGUUGGGAAUCAAGGGACUAUAUUGUAAUAAACAUUGCUGUAAUAGGUUUUAAUAGCCUGCAUAGUAUUUCAGUUACUUCAACUUGUGAUUAAAUGUUUAUGGAGCUGCUGAUGUGCAAGUAGCUGAGUUGACAUUUAGAUACAGGCUACUGCAUAUCUGUUUGUAUUUAUGGAAAAAGACAAGUAAUGACAAAGUAUACUCUUUUUCCUA